AUGCAGACGUGCCUGCUCAGGGCAGUGGGAUGGAGCUCGGCGGCUGUGCUGGGAGUGCUGGGGGUGGCCAUCUUCCUCCUGGUCCUAACCCCGGUGAAGGAUGCUGCCCUUCCUAUGAGGAACAGAUAUGGCCUGGUGUUUGAUGCCGGCUCCACGCACACAGCUCUCUACAUCUACCAGUGGCCCGCAGACAAGGAGAAUGGCACCGGCAUCGUCUCCCAGGUGGAGGCCUGCAAGGUGAACGGACCCGGCAUCUCCAGCUACGCAGACAACCCGGCCGGGGCUGGAGCCAGCCUGAAGACCUGCCUGGACAAGGCCAUGAAGAUCAUCCCGGCAAAGCAGCAGCGGGAGACGCCCACCUACCUGGGGGCCACAGCGGGCAUGCGGCUGCUGAGGGACCAGAACAGCACCAAGGCCGAGCAGGUCUUUGCUGAGGUGGCCAAGGCCAUUGGCGAGUACCCCGUGGACUUCCGCGGAGCUCAGAUCCUCACGGGGAACGAGGAGGGCUCCUUUGGCUGGAUCACUGUCAACUACCUGCUGGAGACGCUCGUCAAGUGCUCCUUUACAGGCAAGUGGACCCACCCACUGGCAGGAGCUGUGGCUGGAUCUCUGGACCUCGAUGGGGCUUCAACUCAGAUCAUGUUCCUUCCCAGGACCUCCAUUGAUGACAGCAGUACGAGAGCCCUCCCCGGGCUGUAAGGGACCAACGACUCCAUUGACACCCACAGCUGCCUCUGCUACAAGCAAAAGCAAGUCCUGAAGAUGCUGAUGGCCUCCUUACACCAGCAGGGCAGGACUGAGCUGAGAUGGAGUUGGACCACCACAGCCUUCACCCUUCUCCUGCAAGGCUACAAAUUCAACCACACAACGUGGCUUAACAUCUAUUUUGUUGCUAACUUAGAUGUGGGCUGGACUCUGGGCUACAUGCUCAAUCCCCCGAACAUGAUUCCCUCAGAGACUCCCCAGAGAGUCAUAGGGCUCCAGAGAAGCAAGUGGAUAGCAGCCACAGUGUUACUGGCCAACAUGCUCAUCCUCAUCUUCUGCCUGCUCACAGACGUAUACUGCCAGAAAAACUCCGGUUACGGGAGUCUCCAGCAGCACUAG